UGUACUGUGAAGAUGCCGAGCGCCUCUUUUACGGCCUCCAGGUCGUACGUGAGGAGAUCGAGGAGAAAAGGGGCAAAUAGGAUUCCUACACCAUCCAGAACAACUUCUGCAGAACCAUGUGAGCCUUCCUGUCCAAUCCAGCCAAACCAGAACAUUCCGGCCCCAUCCGCUGUAGCCCCCGGGGGGCCUCAGGCUUUGGCUCCUCCGGGCUCUAGCACUAGCGGAGGGGCAGUUCCCGCACACCACUCGCCAUACGAUUUAAGAAGGAAGUCACCCUCCCACCACGACGGGCCUGGGCCAAGUACAAGUGCUGCCACGGCUGGGUCUCCUACGUCUCCAGCCACCCCAACGGCUCCCGCUCAGGGGUACACUGCGGCCAUGCUACCUGCUAGGAAGAGGCCCCGCCGCACUUGCUCUGCCACCUAUGAGAAUUGUACAAACACUGCUGCCCACUAUUUACAAUAUGAGUUGCCCGAUGAGGUAUUACUUACGAUUUUUAAUUACUUACUGGAACAAGACUUGUGUCGGGUCAGUCAAGUUUGCAAACGAUUCCAAGCUAUUGCCAAUGACACUGAAAUUUGGAAACGGCUCUACCAAAGUGUAUACGAAUAUGAUUUGCCUCUAUUUAAUCCUGCUCCUUGCCGGUUCGAGUUUAUCAGUCCAGAAGAGUCGGAACUAGCCAAUCCUUGGAAAGAAUCUUUUCGGCAGUUGUAUCGUGGCAUACAUGUUAGAUUUGGUUACCAGGAUAUCACUUUUAAAGGUCGAAAUCUUGUGUAUUUUAACACGGUACAGGGUGCUCUUGAUUACACCGAUGAACGCAGUGGUUCCAAUAGCACCACAGGAUCGGUGACUGGUUCAUGCAGCAACCACUCUACAGAAGGUUCCUCCCAGGGUGCCUUAAUAUUCCUCCAUGCGGGUACUUAUCGUGGGGAAUUUCUCGUUAUUGACUCUGACAUAGCUUUAAUAGGUGCCGCACCUGGCAAUGUGGCUGAAUCGGUCAUAUUGGAACGUGAAUCAGAAUCCACAGUGAUGUUUGUCGAAGGUGCUAAAAAUGCCUAUGCAGGCCACCUUACUCUGAAAUUUUCCCCAGAUGUGACAUCCACUGUGCCACACCACAAACAUUACUGCUUGGAAGUUGGGGAGAAUUGCAGCCCUACUAUAGAUCAUUGCAUUAUAAGAAGCACAUCAGUGGUGGGUGCUGCUGUUUGCGUCAGCGGAGUGGGCGCAAAUCCAGUUAUACGUCAUUGUGAUAUAAGUGACUGUGAAAAUGUUGGUCUCUACGUCACUGAUUAUGCCCAAGGCACUUACGAGGACAAUGAGAUCAGCCGGAAUGCUUUGGCUGGCAUUUGGGUGAAGAAUUACGCAAAUCCUAUUAUGAGGCGUAAUCACAUUCACCAUGGCAGAGAUGUUGGCAUAUUUACUUUUGAUAAUGGACUGGGGUAUUUCGAAGCUAACGACAUUCAUAACAACCGUAUAGCCGGAUUUGAGGUGAAAGCGGGAGCCAAUCCGACAGUGGUGCACUGCGAAAUCCACCACGGUCAGACUGGUGGAAUUUACGUGCAUGAGAAUGGCCUCGGCCAAUUCAUAGACAAUAAAAUACAUUCGAACAAUUUUGCCGGUGUCUGGAUUACGUCUAACAGUAACCCGACGAUCCGGCGUAAUGAAAUUUACAACGGUCACCAGGGUGGGGUUUACAUUUUCGGAGAGGGUAGAGGACUGAUCGAACACAACAACAUUUACGGCAACGCUCUGGCGGGCAUUCAGAUAAGGACUAAUAGUGACCCCAUAGUGCGACACAACAAAAUCCACCAUGGGCAGCAUGGUGGUAUUUAUGUCCACGAGAAGGGACAAGGUCUGAUCGAGGAGAACGAGGUGUACGCUAACACCCUUGCUGGUGUUUGGAUCACCACGGGCAGCACUCCCGUGCUUCGCAGAAAUCGUAUUCACUCGGGCAAACAGGUUGGAGUGUACUUCUACGAUAACGGGCACGGCAAGUUGGAAGACAAUGACAUCUUCAAUCACUUGUACUCGGGUGUGCAGAUCAGGACCGGUAGUAAUCCUGUGAUUCGUGGUAAUAAGAUCUGGGGUGGGCAAAAUGGUGGAGUGUUAGUUUAUAAUGGUGGACUCGGUUUGCUGGAGCAGAAUGAAAUCUUUGAUAAUGCUAUGGCAGGAGUUUGGAUCAAGACAGAUUCUAAUCCCACUUUGAAGAGGAAUAAGAUUUUUGAUGGACGGGAUGGUGGAAUAUGCAUUUUCAAUGGAGGAAAGGGCAUUUUGGAAGAAAAUGACAUAUUCAGAAACGCCCAGGCCGGCGUUCUGAUCUCCACCCAGAGCCACCCAAUACUCAGGCGGAAUCGCAUAUUUGACGGUCUCGCUGCCGGUGUUGAAAUCACCAAUAACGCCACUGCAACCCUGGAAUUUAACCAGAUUUUCAACAAUCGUUUUGGCGGCCUUUGCCUAGCUAGCGGCGUGCAACCGAUCGUUAGAGGUAACAAGAUAUUCAACAACCAGGACGCUGUUGAAAAGGCGGUAGCCAACGGGCAGUGUUUGUACAAGAUAUCCAGUUACACGUCCUUUCCUAUGCAUGACUUCUAUAGAUGCCAGACUUGUAACACCACUGAUAGGAAUGCCAUUUGCGUUAAUUGUAUUAAGACUUGCCAUGCUGGACAUGAUGUGGAGUUUAUUAGGCAUGACAGAUUUUUCUGUGACUGUGGUGCUGGCACUUUAACAAAUCAGUGUCAGUUGCAGGGUGAGCCGACCCAAGACACCGACACCUUGUACGAUUCUGCGGCACCCAUGGAAUCUCACACGUUAAUGGUGAACUAAAGACUACGAAUUGAACCGUAUCCGUACUAGCGCAUAGCGACAAGUGUUCAGACAAGUGCUAAAUGUAUGUGUUUAUUUAUUGACAUAAAAAAAAAACAUUGAGAUGUUAGAACUAAUUGCACAAAACGGUCAGUCAUCUGAAGAUGGGAAAGUAAUCGUUACGAGCGUUUUGAGUAUCUGCUAGAGUUUAUUCGGGGCGUCUAAACAGCAAAAUGCGUCGGUGAACUUUUCCUGCCCGAUGAUGUCUAGCCUAAAAAUAUACGUGUUUGUUGUUGUGAAAAAGCUUAGCAAUAUUAAAUUGUCUAGCGUGACUAAGUUACACCAAUUAGAAUUAGACAAUCAACACCGGCGCUUCCAUUCAACCUAUUUGUUUGGCUUUUCCGUUACAGGGGAAAAACGAGAGACUUUCAGUUCGCAGCUUCUCCAGCAGGAAGAAACGUUUCAAGAGGUAUGUUUAUAUAAAUUUUGGCCAGAAUUUAUUUAUUUACUGUAUACGGUGGAAUAGUUGUUUUAUUUAUAAGAAUCUCAGUAGGCGGUGUUCAUUGUAAUUUCUUCCUCGAAAACUGUAAAAUUACUCACAUUUCUUGAGUUUCGUUAGAUCGUUUGCAAAUGUACCUUCUUUAUAUUGAAUGUUGUUGGGAAACGUUACGUUUUAACUUAGCAUUUUGAGGAUAUUUUUGCGUAAACAGUGCACCUUUUAUAUAUAUGUAGCAAUAUCAAAUAAUAAAACACCAAUUCGGUCAGUUUCUACUCUUAACUAAGAAUCCCGCCCGUGAGUUCCGCAGAUGAUAUUUUUCUUGGAUAUUAGUUAUAAAUGUUCCUCUUGUCUCGCAACUUACGGGGCGGCUGUAAGAUAUCUUGACAAUUUAAAAAUAUACUAUAAUUUAGAAUUGUACAGUUAUAAUUGUUAGCAUUUUGAAUAUUUUUCCGUUUAAGUUUAUAUCCUUUCAUUUAGUUCAUUAAUUGUUAUCGUAAUUAUUUUUUAAUUUUAUUUAUUUUUUGAUUAGUUCUUAAGGUGUAAAAGGACCCCACUGCUGUUGAUCAUACAAUUUUUACUUAGAAAAUUCUACAUUAAACUGGUCAAUUUAGUUACACCGUCAUUCCAAAUUGUUUUCCUGAAAGAAAUCCUUUUUUUUUGUUAACGCUUGUAAAUUAACUAUUUUUUUAAAUCUCAUAAGUCAUAAUAAAAAGAGUUGUGAGAAUUUUAUAAUAUAUUUUUCUUAGAACAUUCUGUAUAGAUUUUUUUUAUAAAUACACAUUCAAAUAUUUUUUACUUUUUGAUAUUUUCUGAAAAUCGAAUUUUUUGAUUUUUUGUUUAAUUUUUCCUGUUUGUUAUUAGAGCAAAUUGAAAAGAACUCUUCUUUCUGCAUUGUAACUUUUUCGGUAUUUUUUCAUAGAAAUAUCACUUUCACCUUCAAACAUUUUGUUUUCAAUAUGUUGUUAUUAACCUCAUUUUUUUUAUUGCAUUCUUUAAUAAAAUUCAUAUUUUUGAAGUAUUUUAAAUUUGGUAGUUACUGAUGGUUUUAGUUAUGUUUCUGAUAUGUUUGAACCAUCAUCAGAAGUUUGUAGCAAUCUUCCUUCAGUUAAAAAGUAAACUAACUUCAAAGAUUGAAAUUUAAAUUCAACUCCAUUGGUCGUUAUAGCCGAUAGAUACCAUGAUAAAUGUACGAGGGUCAUUCAAACGAGAAUUAAUUUUUUUUUUAUUGAUAAAAUUAAGAAGUUCACAAAAAUCUCAUUUUUCUACAUAAUCACCUUCCUUUGAAACACAUUUUUCCCACCUGAUUGGAAACUUUUUGAUUCCGUCACUGUAGAAAGAAGGAUGGUGGUCGUUAGCCAGUUGCGCACGAACGCCUCCACCUCUGUGCCACCAGCGAACGCUGCCCUCCCUAAGCCUCUUUCAAUGGCCCGGACAUGUGAUAAUCACAUGGGGACAGGUCCAGACUUAAGGGGGGGGGGUUCGAGAGUUUUCCAGAACAUUUCUUCCAAUUUCUGGCCUGUUUGAUUUGCCGUAUGGGGUCGAGCAUUAUCGUGGAGCAAAAUGAUAUUCCUUAUGGGUUCCUUAUGGCUCAAGAAGUCUGCAGUAGUAACCAGCAUUAAUUGUUCUCUGCUCGUGUAGAAAAUCCGGCAGAAGGUUUCAUUUUGAAUCUCAAAAAACUAGCGAGAACUUUACCCGCUGACAACUGGCCUUGACUGGAGCGACCUCUCCUUUUUUCGCCAUUCCAUGCUCGCUUGCUUACUUUUGGGAGUAUAAUGGUGCACCCAAGUCUUAUCGCAGGUCACUGUACGGUCGAGAAAUGCAUCCGUUUCAGUACGAUACCGUUGCAAAUGCCGUUGGUAGAUGUCAAGACGAACAUUCUUGUGUUCCUCUGAGAGAAGGCGUGGCACCCAACCAAACUCAUCACGGAUGAUAGUAUGGAUACUCCCUACACUUCACAUGCGAUUUCUGUGACUGUCAGGCAACGGUCGUUCUCCAGAAGGUCACGAACUACUUGAAUGUGUCCAUCAGUUAAGCUGGUUCUGGGCCGCUGAUCUUGUGAUUCAUUUUCAACCUUCUCUCAUCCUUCAGAGAAGGCUUUGUGCCAAAAAAACACGGGGUUGUGAAAGAUUGUUUUCAGCGAACUGCUGUCGCAAAAUUUUAGCAGAGCGGACCCCCCACCCGCGUUAAAUUUUAUGAUAAUCCAUUGCGCAAAAGAUGGAUGUACUUCCUUCUCGCUCAUUUUUGCCACUACUUGGCUAAUGGUCUUAGGGCCGUGUCAACUAUGAUCCCCCCAGUCAUCCUAUCCCUACUAACAUUCCCUGUCCGUACCUAAGCCGAUUGGUGCCCUUUCAAGAUGUCCACCUUGCCAUUCUCGUUUAUAUUUGAAUCACCCUCGUAUAUAAAAACAUGUCCCUAAAACCGAGAUGUCGUUGUAAACGAUGUCGUAGGAAACGAUAUUUUUUAUAUGGUAUUUCUAUAGAAUUUAAUCGGAACUUCCAAAUUCCAUUGUUAUAUCCAAUAUGUCGUAUAAGCAAUAUCAUUAUAACAAAUUUUCACUGUAUGUAUUUAUUUUAAACAAUAGCUGUACUUAGAAACAUUUUCAAAAAGCUUCUGAUGAUGGCCGAAAUGUUUCCAAAACCUAAUGAAACCACCAUAAGUGAAACCAUUGAACACAGAUUUAAAAGUAAUUUAAAACUAUGUAUUUUAUUAGGCAAAACCUAAUUUAAAAAAAAGUUUGUGGUAUGAAAACGAAACGUCAGAUGACAAAACUGACAUUGCCAGAAGAUGUCAUGAAGAGGUGUUCAUUUUUUACUGUUGUAAUAAUAUUAGAGGAAGAAGUCGGACAAAAACUCGAAAAAUUUUAUUUUUUCAAAAUUAAAAAAAAUAUAUUUGAGGUCUGUUUGACCAUUUCAAUGUUUCACUGUUUUCGAUAUUUCUAUGAUAGAUAUCCUUAUCAUGGACACAUCGUAUGUUAGGUGGAAAAAAAUCGUACAGUGCAUACAAGUGUCCAAAACAUACGUGUGAUUGAUUAUUAUCUGUCCUUACCAACUUUAAAUCAUUCUUUGAAAGUGUAUGCCUCAAAUCUAUAAAAUUAUUUCCCUUAAAUUUGCCAGAUACAUAGAAACUUCAUUGACUCAUCAGGUCACAGCAAAGUUGAAACGGUUGCCCUUGACUAUGUUAAAAGCUUGAAAAAAAUAUAUGUAUGAUAUGCAAGUCUUGCAGACUUGUAGGAGAACUACUGUACUAAUUUUUGAAAAAAUACUUUUCUGUGUUGAUAAUUAUCUUUCAAAUGAAGCUGAACCAUUUUGUUUACAAAUCUGCAUGUUUCUGUACUGUUUAAUCAACUUGUUUUAAGUGGUUAUGAAGACAAAAAUUCGUGCUGAUUAAUUUAUUUUUGAGUUAACUUGUGAUGGAUUUUAGAUUGAUUAUUAUUUGUGAUAUUCUGUGAUAAUAUAUUUUUUUAUUUAAGAUUUAUAAGAAAUCUUUAUGAAAAUGCCUUAGUUGUUUAUUUCAAUAAAGUCUAAAUAAAACAAAAACUGCAGAUAAAAGAAAUAACAAAUGUUAAGUCCACCAUUUCUUGCCCGAUACGCUGUAAAAUAUAUUUAGAAAAUUUUUUGUGGUGUGGCAAAAAUAUUCUAACACGUACUUGACUUUUUCUGCUGUAGAAUUGUUACAAAUGAAAUUUGGUUCUUCAGAAAACUCUUUGUAUUAUUAAAAAAAUAUGAUGAAAAAAAAAUAGUACAGUGCAACCUCCAUUAUCCGAACUAAUUAUUGUAAGGUGUUGUUCAGUUAAUCAAUUUGUUCGGAUAAUCAAAUUUAAAAUUAAAACACAGUUAUUUUUCUAAAAACCUUUUUUAAUACUUCAAGUUUCUAAUUAUAAUAUGGAAAAACAUAUACAAAAAAAAUAUAAAGACAUAAACACUUAUUAAACUACAUAUUAAAGUAUGUAUACAUAAAUAUAUGUACAAAAAAAAAUGUUAAUAAACUACAUACUUAAACAUAUUUUAUUUAAAAAAAUCCGUUAUUUUUCUUUGUGAAAGGGAUUUACUUUCUAAUUUUCUGGCUCAAAUCUGCACCUCCUUUAAAAGAAAUAUGUUGUGAGACGUUUCGCCAUUAUCACUGGCCCACAUUAUACAUUUGUCAAAACAUUGCACGGCUUCUCCAUGAGUUAUUUUGUUGUCGGCAGCUCCUUCGGUCUCAUUUUCUUCUUCGGCUAUUUCCACAUUCUCUAUAUUGUGCAAGAUGUCAUUGUCAGUCAUUAAAUCUAUCACAUCUUCCACCGCGAUUGGGCCGGGCGAGACGAAAACCCAGUCGCACACGCAAGCGCGGCAGCAAAUUUCGCAAAUCACCCGAGCUCCUCGGCCACCCAGUUCGGAUAAACGAGGCUCGUUCGGAUAAUGUUGCGUUUUUUUCCGUUCGGUUAAGUGGAUAUUCGGAUAAAGGCCUGUUUGGAUAAUGGGGGUUACACUGUAAUUGGAAAAUUUAAAAUAAAAGUGAAGAUUAUUUAAAUAAACUGAAAAAUCUGAUUAUUAUAUUUGGUAACUCAAAUUACAAAUUAUUUGUCCUUUUGUAAUAAGUGUAAUACUCAGUCGGUAUCAGGAAUAUGUGUUAUAUGGAGGUUACACAGGGUGUUAGGGAAAUGGUGGGUAAUAGCUUGGAUUUGGAUAGGUCUUGGAAAAAAAAUAAUGUUACAAGUUUAUAUGUCAAUACCCUCGUUCUAAUAUGACAUAUACCAUAUUGGAAAAAAUUUUCAGAACAUAAAAAUGUCUCAAUGUCAUAAUUAUAAAAAAAAUAAGUUAAUUUUUAUUUCUUACGCUAAUUAAAAUGUACAGGUAAUAAUUGAAGCAAAAAAAAUUAAGUAAAUCGUAUAAUUAUAUUAAAAAACUAAAUUAAUUACCUUCUUUCUCGUGUUUUAAAGUAUUUUGCUAAAAUUAACUUAAAACUAAUCGCUAGUGUGACUGUUGUUACAUCACUAAUGUUAACUUAACCUUAGUAUGUGGAAUACGACAUAUUAGAAUACGUGAGAAUCGGAGUGUGCGAUACGACAUAUUAGAACAUUUAUUUAAAAAUAGUAUAUAAACAAUUUGGCCUCCAAAACUUUAACAUAAGCUGUACAACAUUAUUAUGAUUUCAUUUUUCAAACAAGUGAAAUUGUCAAAUUCUGUGAGAUACGUCACAUUGGAAUGACAGUAACAAUAUACUUUUUUUUAUUUAAGCUCAUUGCAUAGUUAUUAGCUUUUGAAGUUAAGAGUUGGAAAUCUAUUUUUCACUGCAACUUUUUCAUUUCUCAUUAAAUUCAGGUAAUUUUUGGAUAAAAGUUAUAAGAGGAUUUGAUUGGAUAGGGCGGAUGGAGCAUGCAUCUUGUGUUGGUGUGGCAGAACAUUAUCCUUUAUAGAAAUUGUUAAACAGAAAUUUGCAACCACAGAUCGAAUCUGUAUUUCCAAUCUUCCAAUCAAUAGAAAUAGAAAGUUUGAGGUUAUAGUUUUUAGUUUAUAUUCAGGUGGGUUGCUGAGAUUUGUGCAUUAAUAAAUUUGUUUCGUGUUAGAUUAAUGUAAUAAGGGAUUUAUUGAAUCAAUCAUCUGAACUGCUUUACUGUUUUUUUAUUUGUUUUUUAUCCAAAAUGAGUACCUGGUAGAACAAAAUGCCAAUGUGCUGCAAAUUGCAAACGUACUUACUUUAAGAAUGUUGUAAUGCGUCCUAUAGAAAUAAAAGUUUUUUCAGAAUUACAGUAGACAGACAGCUACUGUGGAUAGAAUCAGUUCGAAAAUUAUGUAAACCAGACGACUGAUAAGCACAGAUCAUUAUUUUUGUGAAGACCAAUUUGAGUUAAAAUGUUUUAAAAAUAGUUCACUUCCACCUUGUAGAAAACCGAAAUACACAUAUUCAAAAUUGUCAUUUGCUAUAAGUCUAACCAUACUUUUUGGCAAGUAACUGUGCGAUGCAUUUUACAUAAUGGGGUAAAUAAUUCUUUAAAAUUUAUUUUAAAUUUGCAGUUUUGAAUGGUUUCUUUAAAAAAAUAAUAAGAGUCUACCUGUAAAUUUUUUUGAUACUUAAAUGUUUUCGAAUUCAUAACAGAAUGAAUUUAUAUAUUUGUCACACAUUUAAAAAGCACUGCUGCAACUUUUUCAUUUAAUCAAGUCAUAAUUAAAGUGUUUCAUAAGUAAUGGGUCAUGAAACAGCUGUUAAUAGUUUAAUUAUAAUUAUCAACUUAAAUCAUUAGCAGCUGUUUUGUACUUUUGUACUUACGAAGUACUUUAUUUUUCUUAGUAUAUUUUAUUACAUUUAAAUUUACCGCCAUUAUGGUGCAGCGACAUCUAUUAGAUAGUAGAAGUAGAGGUUACUAUAAUUGUGUUCUCCCUAAUUAUUUUAUGGUCUCUGAUUUCCGUGUGUCUCGAUUGCUACACCAGCUACAGAUGGCGUAUUCUGCCGCUGCUACCGAUAAAUCCUCUUUUUUUUUACUCAUAUAUUUUUCCCCCUUUUAAUAAGAUUAACACACACGUAUAAGUAGUAUACGUAUAUGUGGCGUACUUCUUAUCGAUAUAACAAACCAUUUAACCGAUAAAAGCAUUUGACAGUAUUCCGUAAUCUUUUCGACGUAUGUUAAUGGUAAUAAAAGCUUGAAAAUAACAAAUAAUUCUUUAUGUACCAAAAUAAGUGCAUAUCAAAUGACAUUUGACAUUACGUACUUAUUUUGUUGCAUAAAUGACUCAUUUUUGUUUUCCUAUAUUCAUGGAUAUAUUGAAGAGUUUAUCUUCAUUGUUGAACGUGUUUGUGUAGAAAACGUUUCUUGUAUAAUGUCAAAUAAGCGCAGUUUAUCCACUUAAAAUAGUAAAACAAUCUUUCAAUUUCAAUUUAAUAAGAAACAAAAAAAUUAUAAUAUAAAAUCGAUUUUCAACUGUCAACUUCAAGAGCUAGUUACUACAUGCGUGAGCCCAAAUAUAAAAAAAAUAUGUAAAUUUGUGGUGUUAUUUUUGCCUGCUCAUCCUGUAUUCUCUCAAGUCUAUGUAAUUCUAAAUGAAAUGUAAUUUGAAUUAUUAUCCGAUUAUUAAAAUAAUGUUAUGCCCACAUCUAGAAAAAGAUCCCAACAAGCACCUCCAUUAUUUUCCAGUAUGUUAGUUUAUGAUCCCCUGAUUAAUUUUUAAAAUUUUGUUUACUGGCAAAUUCCGAUGUUAAUUAAGAAAAAUAAAAUUGUAUGAUCGACUUCAGUUGUCUUCAAAUUAUGGGUCUGUCCAGGAUUAUGGCCAAAUAUGCAUUGAAAAUUAAUUUUGUUAUACUACAAUGAUCGACAUCAUUUAAUCGCUCCAUUUUUGGGAAAACGUGAAAUCGUAAAUUAAUUUCUGCAUAGGUCAUCUAAAACUUAUUGAGUGUGUGUAUUGCUAACAUGCCAACCGAUUUAUAUCCAAAGCCAGCAGGUUGCAUGGUUAAAAAUACAAACACUGUAGUGCAUAUAGCUUUAACUAUAUAGCCCACUGUAAAUAAGAGAGAGGUAUGAUAGGUGUGUAAAAGGUAUACGUGAAGUAAAUUGCUGCCGUGACUGCAGUAACAACUGUAAAAUAUCAGUAUUUUUUGUUUGUUUUGAGAACUUAAUUCGAUCGGGCGGUGUUACGCUGCAAGUAUUUUGUAAAUAUUAAUAAAAAAAAUAACCCAGAGCUUUCAGUCUUUGAUUUCAGGAUUUUCAAAAGAUGGGCCGCGUAGCUAAUACGUUCUGCCUGCACUGUUAUAUAUAUUGUAUAGGUACAAUGAAUUUUGUGCAGUUUUUUAACAGGUGCCAUACCCACACGUUUAACGUAGCUAGCAAAAUAUUCUAGUAAAUAGUAACGUAAGUUGUAGUACGAAUUGAAUUUUUUAUACAAUUUUGUUAUGUUGGCUGAGGGAGUUUGAGAGGUAUUUUUCAAAAUGUAGCAUGUCUUGCCUUAUUUUUGGUGAAAUACUUUUGCAGGCGAAUAACGAGUCUUGGAAAAUUAAUGUAUAUUUUACUAAAUAAGGUGCAUUUGUUGUUUUAAAUCGAAUAUGGUGCAAUUUCGUUUAUUUUUUUAUUUUUACUAUUUAGGCACUAGUAUGAAAUAAAAUAUCUAUGUUACCACAUUUCCCUUCGCAACUAAUCUUAUACUUUCCCUUGAGCAGCAGAAUUAUUCUUUUACAGUUGUUGAACCUCACAUUACAUUACAUUUUCAAAUUUUUUGUAAUAAAAAUACAUAAUUUAUAUAUCUUGGAAAAAAGUUAAUAAACUCGAUAAGAAAAAGUUAGAUAAGUACUUAAAGCCCCAUUCACUUACCGGAAAUCCUCUGAGGAAAAACUGUGCAGUCCUGGCCUUCGGGAAAGCCUGAAUGCACCCUUCGCUAUACACGACCCGGUAUACCUUUCAGUUUGCUGGCGGGCAAACUGACGAUAUUGUGGCUCUUCUCGGUGUUUUAUUGACAAGACAAUACAUUAUUUAAAAAAGUCGUAAGAAAAAACGUGUCAGGAAAAUGUGUACAAAAGAGUGGCUACAGAAAAAGAGACAGUUUUCCCACAUAAAAUUGCUUUCAGAAAGUUGUGCUUAGAGAUUGGCAUAAUUGCUUGGUGUGGAUGAAGCAACUUAUUUAUACCAUUAUUAACCUGCCAUAGGUAAGAUUCUGACACGUAAAUUUUAAAAAAAACCUUUCAAAAAUUGACGAUUCGUGGUCACCAAACGACAGCUUCAACCAAACUGAACUGACCACACAACCCGAUCGGCCUGUAUGGUACAGGACUGUGGGACCGUGCAGUUAUUCAGAAUCGUUCAAUUCUUAUCAGGCUGCCUGAACAGUCCGGCAAAUCUGCGCAGAUUUCUACCACACACACUUCGGAAAUCCCGAAAGCCAGAACUGUACAGUUUUUCCUCAGAGGAUUUUCGGAAUGUGAAUGGGAUCCUUUAAAAAGUGAUCCUACCUACAGAUUAUAAAAAAGUGAAAGUGGAAGUUUUUUGUGGUUUUGAUAUUUUUGAGGUCAUAAUAAAAUUAAAGGUCUGCUUUUCUUUACUUUGUGACUGGAAAAGUGUUCUAUUUUAUUUUCGAAUUUGAAGUUUCAAUUUGCAAUCUUGUCAAUGUGAGUUUCGUUUUUUGUUAAAAACCUAGUUAGGUUUUUUAUAUUUCUUUUUUAUAUUUGUUUUUUAUAUCAUUCAGUUUUGUCGCAAACUUGAGUUAAAAGACCCUUACAACCAUGAUUUCUUAAUAUAAAGUUAUAAUUAAUUAGAUUUUUAAUUCAAUUAAAAUAAUAGAAUAUUUUUAGUAACUGUAGAUUUCAUUAAAAACAUAUGGAAUAAAUUUAAACAAAAUCAAACUGAAUAUUGAUAAGAAUUGUUUAUUCAUAUUAAAUUAAUUUUAAAGACAAUUAUUAUAAUUCUAAUCAUAUAUUAACAAGAAUGCUCCUUCAUCUCUAAUUACAAUUAAUUGAUUCACAAUACUUGUAUGUUUCUUACAGACAUGAUUAAUAAAUUUUCUAAAGUAUUUUAUAAAAAAACAUUUCUGGGGAUUACAAGUAGGUUGUAGUCAAAAUUUUACAGAUAAGUAAAAUUAUUCUUCUUUUUGUUCAGUUCUUUUUGGUUUUGGUUUUUCUCUGAAAUUUUCUUUUAAUUUUUCUCCAAUAUUUGAGAUAUACGUUAUUUCUCCAAGUCUUGUUUGCGGAACAUUUUAGUGCAACGAGAAAUUUGGUGGUAUUGUAAUUUUUGUAAGUUGUUGAAAUCUUGUAUUCUGUAGUGGUAUUUUGUACUGUAUACUGAUUGUUUUCUGUUGGUUGUAAAAUAAAAUUGGAUAAGCAGGCAACUAGAGGGUUAUAAAGAGAUGGGUGGUAGCUAGCAGCCAGCCCUAUAAGAUUUGAUAUGACUGAUGUCUGUGUAUAUCAUAUUUGUAACAUAUGUCCUUUUUCUAUAAUUAUACUAAUUCUAUUGUUAAGUUUAGUGUAAGGAAAUUUCAUGUCAGGCUUAUAGAUCUACUGACAGGUCUUUUAGUAUAUAGCAGCACUGUAUUGUACUGUGUACAUUAUACAAAAAUAUAUGGCUAAAUAUUU